AUGGCAGACCCGAACAGGCAGAGCUUCCAGAUGCCCACCCCGCCGCCGCUGCUCCACACUCGCUCCAACAACAUGGAGCGCCCCGGCACGCCCUCGCAGGAUCCAUUCAUGAGCCCCCAGAUGACCCCGCAGGGCAGCCCGAGCAAACACCACCAACCGCCUGGCGCAUUCGACCUACCGCACGUGUUCGAAAAUGCUAUGCGACUGCUCCCAACCAUGGGCUCGCCCAAGUCGAAGCCCGCAACGCCGUCAUCGCCCAACAAAUCGAAGCUGCAGAUUGGAGAUAAUGUCGAGUUUCCACAACAAGAACUACCCAGCUCGUCGACCGGCAGUCCCACGCGUAAGGCAAAUAAAGAGAAUACGCCACCCAGCUCUCGUCUGGGCUUGCAGAAGGAUCCCAGCUACAUGACCCAAGCAGCUCAGUCGCGACAGGAACCAUACCGCACACGCGAGGCAGAGCAGUCGACGCGCCACUACCCUGUGCCACAGCGUCUCUCGCCGGAAGAGCUCGAGAUGGCUAGGAAGCCGGCUGUCAAGCGCAUGGCCAACGUGACGCAGCUGUACUUUCUUGACUACUACUACGAUCUCCUCACCUACGUGCAUACCCGCCAGAACCGCCUCACUCAGUUCCAGACACAGAAUCCCGCGCCUCCCGAUACGCCAGAAGCAGAGUACAACGACGCUCUCACACAGUAUCUUGGGCGUGAACGCGCCAACCUCCGCAAGCGACGCACCCGUCUACGGCACGGAGAUUUCCAAAUCCUCACACAGGUUGGCCAGGGUGGUUACGGGCAGGUCUAUCUGGCACAAAAGAAGGACACGCGCGAGGUUUGCGCCUUGAAGGUAAUGAGCAAGAAACUGCUGUUCAAGCUGGAUGAAGUUCGUCAUGUCCUGACCGAGCGUGAUAUCCUGACGUCGGCUAAGAGCGAAUGGCUGGUUCGACUGCUCUACGCCUUCCAGGAUGACAAGAGCAUCUACCUUGCUAUGGAAUAUGUUCCGGGAGGUGACUUCCGCACAUUGCUCAACAACACUGGCGUCUUGCACAACCGACAUGCCCGAUUCUAUAUCGCCGAGAUGUUCUCAUGCGUCGAUUCGCUUCACCAACUGGGAUACAUCCACCGAGAUUUGAAGCCGGAGAACUUUUUGAUCGACAGCACAGGCCACGUAAAGCUGACUGAUUUUGGUCUGGCCGCAGGCAUGCUUGCCCCCGCGAAGAUCGAGUCGAUGCGCAUCAAAUUGGCAUCCGUUGGUGAUGUUGUCUCGCCGUUCAAAAACCCCAUCGAAGAACGAAGUGCAGCCCAACGUCGUGAUAACUAUCGAUCCCUUCGCGAGCGAGACAUCAACUACGCAAAGAGCAUUGUCGGAAGCCCGGAUUACAUGGCGCCGGAAGUAUUGAAGGGCGAUGAGUACGACUUCACUGUAGACUACUGGAGCUUGGGAUGCAUGCUCUUCGAAGCUUUGGCCGGCUAUCCGCCCUUCGCUGGCGCCACUGUGGACGAGACCUGGCAGAAUCUGAAACAGUGGAAAAAAGUAUUGCGGAAGCCCGUAUACGAAGACCCCUCCUACUUCCUCUCCAAGCGCACAUGGGAUCUGAUCAUACGCCUCGUCGCCUCCAAAACAUCUCGUUUCCGAGGCAUCUCGGAGAUUCACGGCCAUCAGUACUUUGCCGAAGUUGACUGGACGAAGUUGAGGGAAAACAAGGCGCCAUUCGUGCCGGAGCUCGAUAGCGAGACUGACGCCGGUUACUUCGAUGACUUCGGUAGCGAAUCUGACAUGGCAAAGUACAAGGAGGUACACGACAAGCAAGCUGCCUUGGAAGCUAUGCAGGACAGGGACGAGAAGAUGAACAAGGGCCUGUUCGUCGGAUUCACUUUCCGCCACAAGAAGACCGUCGAAGAAGGUGGCAAGGCAGCCAGCCCCCGGAAGCCACUUCCUUUCGUCGACGAGAGCUUCGGCACCAUUUUCUAA